UCCUGUACGCGUUCGCGCACUGAUGUGCAACAAUUUUUAUGGGUUCGUCGAAGAAGGUGAAAUAGAAUGUGCGAAAAAAGUUAAUGCUGCAGUAAACCAAUUUGCAUAAAUUUAAUUUUGCCAUAGAUGGUGCUAAAAUUUGAUAAAGUUAUGUUGGUAAGAAUAACCAAGCAUCAAUCUGCUGAAGAUUCUGCUGACUCACUGGAAAUGUCUGCAUAAAUUCAGAGAUGGGAGUUUUGAAAGCAUAGUAGCAUGGAAAUAUUGGAACAAAAAAAUAAAACAACCUCAAAAUGUGCAUUUUUUUUAUUUCUGACUGUCUGUAGAGUAUGGGAUUGCAUAAAACUUUUAAAUGGAAACCUCGAUUCUUUCUUCUGAGAGCUCUCUCAAGUAAAAACAGUAAUACAAUUCCGUUUUAAGACACACAAUUUGAAAAAAGCAAUAUCAUAUUGAAAGAGAACCGAAAAAUUAAAGUCCAGCUUUAGACUAUGGCAUCUAUAGUUAUUCAAUUUAUAAUAGAGUUUUCAACCUUUGUUUCUUAAUAACUUGCUUUAUAAUUUGCCUUUUAUCAUGAAGCAAAUGCCAAUUCAUUUAAAAUACUCUGAUGUCUACUAGAAUAUUUUAAACAUAUUGCAAAACGCCUAUAAUUAGUGCUAUAUUCGCAAAUUAGUGUUGACAUAGACGCUAUUGCUGAUAAAUCCUUUAUUUUAAAGAGGAAAAUGAUUACUGGCGAUAUAAUUUAUAAACGAAAAAGAAUGAUAUCAGAACUAUAAGCAUUACUGACAAAUUGUGUUUGACUUCAAUUUAUAGUAUACAUAAUUUGCGUUACAAAAGUUUAAAAAACUUAUUGUUUCUUUUUUUUAAUAUAGCUAUAAUAUCUAUAAGAAGCGAUUACAAACAGAAAUAAUUUAAACAUCGGAAUUUGCUUAGUACGAUGUUUUCUUCUUUUAUCUUGACUAAGAAUACCAACAUUUCAAUUAUGUGACAAACUUAGAUUCUGAAAUGUUCUUAAACUUUCACAUAUCAGGCGCUCUUUAUGCAAGACUCUGAUACUAUUAUGAAUUUAUAUAUGAUUAUAUUACUCAAAAUUCAUGAGAAACAAAUUGUCAAUAGUACUAGUUGCAGUAUACUUUAAAAUAUUGUAUUCAGAAGUUGCAGUGCAGCUCUUUUGUUGCAAUAGACAUAUUUAAAAAAGAAUGUCUAUCAUAUUAAUCUGAGCUUAAUACUUCUUUCAAAAAUGUGAAUAAUAUAAAAAAAAGAAUUUGAGAAACAAAUAUGCUAUCAGCGAAGUAUUUCAUUAAUGAUGUUAGGGAAUUUCAAAUCAAUAUAGAUAAUUUUUUGAACGAAAUGCUAAUUCAAAAGUGAUUGUUUUGUAUUAUAUUCAUUAUCGUCAAUAUAUUUGUGAAAACAUAUUGAGCCAUUUAUUUUUAUCAAAAAUAAUAAGAGAAAAUGGAAUGAACAGAACUUUAAGCAAAAGUCAGAUGACUGAUAAUCAUUCCAUUGACUCCAGUGCUGAUCAAUAAAACACAAAAUAUCGUUAAAAUGAUACAUGAAGAAGUUAUACAGUAGUAUAUUCCAAAAGUGAACAUUUGAAGAAGCCGCUUGGAAACCUAUUUUGUUCUUCAAAAUGUUGGAAGAGACUGAACUGUCGGUUAAAAGCACCAACAACGUCACAACCGAGAGGAAUGCUUUUGAGGAUAUAGGUUCUUUCGAAGAACUUGAUUGCCUCUCUCAGUUUCUGACCGACCCUUAUCCGGGUAAUGGCAAAGAGCUUUUUUGUAAUUCAACUUGGGAUGGAAUUUCUUGUUGGCCUACAACACCUGCUGGCAGCACAGCAAAUGUUCCUUGUUUUGAAGAAUUUAAUGGUGUCAGAUAUGAUAUCACGACCAAUGCUAGCCGGCAGUGUUUAGAGAAUGGUACUUGGUCUCCAUGGUCAAAUUACAGAGAAUGUAAACCUAUAACCCUGCCUGAAGAUGACGAAUUCUUCCAGGUACUUUGGGAUAUGAAAGAAGCCGCCACAAUAUAUUAUGUGGGAUACGGAAUUUCUUUGGUGGCCCUGAGUCUAGCACUUUUUGUCUUUUUUCAUUUCAAGGACUUAAGAUGUCUACGGAAUACCAUCCACACAAAUCUGAUGGUAACUUACCUACUCAUCGAUAUGACUUGGAUUAUAACUGCUACACUGCAGUCGAAUCCAAAUCCGGCAUUUGCAAAGGUUGCGUGCUUUUUAGUCAUAUUAUUGACUUAUCUGAUGGCUACAAAUUUUUUCUGGAUGUUCGUGGAAGGUCUCUAUCUCUACAUGUUGGUGGUAAAGACGUUUUCCAUAGACAAGAUCCAGUUCAGAACGUAUAUUUGCAUUGGAUGGGGUAUACCCGCUAUUGUUGCAGCUGCCUGGGCGAUUGUGAAGGGCACUGCUGGCGGUGUUUCAGAAGAGCCACUGGCUCAGAGAGGCUGUCCAUGGCAGAAUAAAGAUUACUAUGAUUAUGUCUUCAGCUGUCCUGUUAUGCUGGUGCUUCUGAUAAACAUAUUUUUUCUUGCCAAAAUUAUGUGGGUUCUGAUCACAAAGUUGCGAGCUUCCAACACCGUGGAAUCAAAGCAGUACAGAAAAGCUGCAAAGGCUCUUUUGGUACUUAUACCAUUACUAGGAGUAACGUAUAUCGUUGUCAUCGCUACACCAAGUGACCCAGUUGCAGAAGUGGUUUUCAUCUAUAUUCAAGCCACAUUACUAUCAAUACAGGGAUUUGUGGUUGCAGUCUUGUACUGUUUCUUAAAUGGCGAAGUUCAAAACUCCCUGCGCCAUCAUCUUGAACGAUGGAGAACACAGAAAACUGUGGGUAAGACACCGAGACAUUCUGUUGGACAUUUAUCUCCCCAUCACGGAGAAAGCAUAGCUCUUUACAGGGAUAGAGGAGCUAGAGAAAGCUGCACAAGUUUCACCACAACUACAUCUGUCGUGAAUGUGCCUAAAAGAAGUGGAUCAGCCAAUCACUUGGCAGUUCAAGAUGAUAUGCUUUAAACAAUUGAGCAUGAAUUCUUUCUUUCCUUCUUCGGCUGAUUCAGAAUGCUAUUUGGAAUACCUGUGUGGUUAUCUCAAUUCGAACAACUUGCAUUCAGGUUCUAUUGGAUUUUUUUGCAAGAAACAUGGAGGUAUUAUGUGGUGAAGACUCUAAAAAAGUAUUGGAUUGCUUAGUUAAAAAGUAAAACAAGCAUAAGCUAAACCUCUAUUUUUGCUGAAUAUUGACAGCUAAACUAUUUGGGAACUUCAGAAUGUGGAGAAAUGAACAAACAAAUAAACUAAGAUUCAAAAAAAUAUAUCUUCAUGUAUAUUUGAUUACAAUUAUCUCUAAGAUAGUUACUCAAAAUACCAAACAGAAAACUAGCAACAAGAAUCUUAAGCAUCUUACCGGAUUCAAAGGAAAAUAAUCCCAGGAUUCUAUAAUGAUGAAGUGUAGAAUUAUUCUAUACUGUCUUGUUUGCUAAAUGGAAAUGGAAAUUAAUCAAUGUAUAUGAUUAAAUUGUAAUGGUUUUCUGUUAUUUUAUGGACAUUAUAUAGCACUUUGUUCAGUUCCUUUAAUCAAUUUACUAGAUCCAAUCCAUUGAAGUUGUGCUGAAAUGAUGAUGGACUGUUUGCUCCAAUUCUCCAAAAUAUUCUGUAAACGACUGGGGCAGUAACAUGUUAUUCAGACUCUAAGUACUAUUCAUCUAAUGUCGAUGUAAAAGGUUUUCAUUUUGCUCUUUUUAUAUAAACUUUAUAAAGGGAGUACAACACGUGAAGGUGAUCUUCAUAUUAAUUGAAACACUUAAGAAAUAUUCCUGAAUCAAAUUAAUGAAUAAAAUAUGGAAAUCUAAUUGGAUUUCAAAAUUUAAUUCCUGAUAAAAUUGGCAUUAAAUAUUAUUUGCAUAAAUUUUGAAGUUAUGUGUUAGUGGUUUGAAAUUCUUUGUAAUGAAGACUUUAAAAGGGAAUUAGCUUCAGUUGUUUAUCAGUUUGAGAUAUUUGUUGGUGAUAAAAGCUGGAUACAAUGUAUCUCCAAGGAUAUAAAUUUGAAAGUCAUUGCAACAUACAGAACUUUUGAAAAUUAUUUAUGAAAAACAAUAAUGACUUUUGAAGAUCAUUUACGAAAAACAGUAAUAAGCUUAGUUCUUUCUUUUUACUGUAUUAGAUAUAUAAACAAUGCGUGUUGAAUAUGAUUCAUAAAAAUAUUUCUGCAAAUGAUGCCAAAAUCGUGUUUUGGGACUUUCGCUCACCAUUAAGAUUUGUAAAAAAUUUCGGAAAGCAGAAUAUCCAUUACAAAGUGAAAAACUGUAUUCAUAUUAACUGUGUUUCCAUUUUUGUCGUAAUAUUUGCGUUAUGUUUCAAUGACAUAAUUUGGUGCCAAUUAGGUUCUGCUUACUAAUAUGUAUUUUGUAUUUAUUUUAAUCUCAGAGUCAGUUAAGAUUUUUUAAUUGUCUUCUCAGAUUUACACGAAUGUAAACAACAUGUAUCAUUUAUAUCAUUUGAAAAUAAUAAUAGCUUCUCGGUGUUUAUGUGUGUUAUAUAUUAAAACUGCACGAUAUACUAAUAAUAUUUCACGACACUGAAUUUUUAGUGUAUUUUUUUCGUAUACUUCAGUGUAAAUAUGCUUGGCAUGCAUAGUGAUCACUUUGUUUUUCAAUCCUACAAAGGCAGCUAAAGUUGCGGAUUGUAAUAUGUUUUACACCAUUAAUAAAAAUUUCAUUCAUUAAUAAGGUGCUUCUUGUUACAUUUCAUGAUCAAGAAUUGAUAUCCUGACAUAAGUUGUGUUACUUUUGUAGGAAUAGUUUGUGCAAAUACUGUAAUAAGUAAUGUCUUUUUUCCAUUAUUGUAUUUCUGAAAAUCAUCCUGUAUUUUACUGACCUUUAUUUUUUAUGUAUAUAAUUUUUGUGUGUGUAUUCAUUUCUAUGCAUGUACACAUAUGUAUAAAUAAGGAAGUUCAAGGGGACGAAUUUAUGACAAUUUGCAUUAUGCAUGGGUUUUUUUUCUGAACUGUAUCUGGUUGAAUUUGUUUUCCGAGUUUUUGAAGUUUAAGAUAUUUGUAUUAAAUUUAUAAUAUAAUUAUUAUUCACUAAAUUUAUAUUAAGUACUUUUAUUCUAUUAUAAUAUGUCAUAUGUUAUAAAUAAUUUAUUUGUUCUUUUAAAAACUGCAUUAAACUGAGAGGUUUUAUAAGAAUACUUCCAUCUUUAAAGGAUAAAUAAAUAAUUUAGUUUCUGAAACUGAUAAUGACAUUAUUGAACAACUCUGGAAGUGUUUAUAAUUUUUUGAGGAAUCUUAAGCAAUCAGAAACCUGUGAAUUAUAAAAGAAAUUUAAUUUUCAUUUUAAUAUGCACGCUGCCUAUAUUUUUCUCUUUGCUAUAAUUUGAACUAACAAUUAUAAAAGUUAAGGAAAUAGAAGCCAUAAAAUGGAAAAAAAAAUCAAAUAUAAAUUAAUAUAACUGUAAUUUUAUGUUAUGCAAAGAGAAUAAAUUUGGGGGGUGGGGUGAUUCACAUUUUCUAAACUGUAAAAUUUGCAGUGGUGGUGCAAUAUAAUAUCGCAGAUUAAAUUUGGUUUUGUCCCAAAUGUGUUAGUACUAAAAUUAAAAGACUCUUAAUUUUCUUUCAUAUAAAAUGUUCUUUAAUGUAAUAUUUCUUAUCAGUGGUCGGAGAAUGCAUAAUUUAUUCAAUUUAUUCUCUCUUUGCCUGAAUUUUGAUGAAAUAGUGCACUUGGUAUGCUCGAUUCUUUCUGAUACUGCACUUUGUAUGGAUGCAUUACAUUGUUCACUCAUCUUUGUUUAUUCUUUUGUAAAAUAGAUUUCCACAUGUGUUUUUCAAUAGCAUGUCUAAUUUUCUGUGUUUUGAAAUAAAUGUGUGAAACGAA